AUGGUGCUUGUAGUACCAUUGCUGGUAGCUCUGUUCUCUCCUAAAGUAUGCAAGGCUUACAAUGUGAAAUGCAACAUUCAUACUCCUCAUAAGCCACAGCAUACCUAUCAUGAAUCGGGAGAUGUUAUAGUUGGUGGCAUAGCAUCUCUAGCAUCUUCCAUGGACAAUGCUAUAAGUUUCAGUGAGGAGCCCCCACCAUCAUUGCAUGAAGACCUUAUUUUACUGCCUAAGAAUUACCAACACAUUCUGGCCUUGGUAUUUGCAGUGAAGGAGGUCAAUGAAAGCCCUCAUCUCUUACCCAAUGUCACCUUGGGCUUCCACAUCUACGACAGUUACCGCAGUGCACAGAAGACCUGCCACGCCACAAUGUUCCUCCUUUACAACAUGGAGAACUUUGUUCCUAACUACAUCUGUGGCAUCCAGAAUAAUCUGACAGCAGUGAUUGGGGGACUGGACUCCAAAAUCUCCAUUGAAAUUGCAAAUAUCUUGGACAUCUACAAGGUUCCACAGGUAGAGUCGGGUCUGGAUGUCAUGAACUGGAUUGUUUUUUCAAAUCAAUCCUUUGUUAGACUGAAAGUUGGGAAGGUAGAUCCUGGAGUUCCCACAGACCAAACUUUCACCAUUAAUAAAGAUGCCAUCACUUGGCCCAGCUGGUUUAACCAGUCUCAGCCUCUUUCAGUAUGUAGUGAGAGUUGCCCUCCUGGUUCCAGCAAGAAAGUGAAGGAAGGGGAACCCUUUUGCUGCUACGACUGCGUCCCGUGCCCAGCUGGGAAGAUUUCAGAGAAGGAGGAUAGUAAAGAAUGCUACACUUGCAAAGAUGGAGGCUAUCCAAACACCAAUCAGGAUUCCUGCAAUCUUAAGACUGUCGUCUUUUUGUCUUAUGAAGAACUUCUGGGGAUCAGUUUAGCCUCCUUUGCUCUUUUCUUUUCUUUGCUAUCAGCCUUUGUGCUUGGAAUCUUUGUGAAGAAACACAAAACUCCCAUUGUGGUAGCAAAUAACCGAGACCUCACCUAUGUUCUCCUCACCUCUCUCCUGCUCUGCUUCCUUUCGGCACUCCUCUUCAUUGGCCGUCCCAAGACGGUGAUCUGUCUCCUCCGACAAGCUGCUUUUGGCAUCUCCUUCUCCGUGGCUGUUUCUUCAGUGUUGGCAAAAACGGUCACUGUGGUUCUGGCUUUCCUGGCCACCAAGCCAGGAUCCAGGGUGAGAAUGUUUGUGGGAAAGAGACUCUCCAACUCCCUGGUCAUUUCCUGCUCUCUUCUUCAAACAGCCAUUUGUAUGUCAUGGCUGGCAACCUCUCCCCCAUUCCCAGAGUUUGACAUGCACUCAGUGGUUGAAGAAAUUGUUCUGCAGUGUAAUCAGGGAUCUGAGACCAUGUUCUAUUGUGUCCUCAGUUAUAUGGGCUUCUUGGCUGUUAUUAGUUUCAUAGUUGCUUUCUUGGCCAGGAAGUUACCUGACACUUUCAAUGAAGCCAAGUUCAUCACGUUCAGCAUGUUGGUCUUCUGCAGCGUGUGGCUCUCCUUCGUUCCAACCUAUCUGAGCACUAAAGGGAAAUACACGGUGGCAGUAGAGAUAUUUUCCAUUUUAGCCUCUAGUGCUGGUCUGUUGGCCUGCAUUUUUUUCCCCAAAUGUUAUAUUAUUUUGUUCAAGCCCAAUCUUAACCAUAGGGAACACCUAAUGAAUAGAAAACAGGAAUGA